UAUGACGUAAUUAGUAAGCGUAGUUCCUGGUUAAUUUUUUUUUUGCAUUCUUUAGCUUUCAAUCGAUCGUUCGUUUUCUACUCCGACGAACCGCCACUCAUCUGAUGACGUUAAAGUAAAGUUACACACAGCAAAAAAAACACGUUGUCUUUCGACACGUCCCGAAAUAUCUGAUCCUGCUGCUGUCCGGAGCGUGCUGACCCGUUUUUGUGCCAGACAUCAGGCGUCUGUUUCAGUUGUCGGUUUCCGGCACGUUUGCGUCUCUGGCAACACUGAACAGGAAGACCGACGCAGAGAGACGUCUGAACUCAGAGCGGAAACUGCUGCGGCUUCUUCCUCAGCUUCAGAAUGACUGAAUUCUGGGUUUGUUUCAGCUGCUGCAUUGCAGAGCAGCCGCAGCCUAAACGGCGGCGACGAAUCGACCGCUCCAUGAUCGGGGAGCCAACAAACUUCGUACACACCACACACGUAGGCUCGGGGGACAUGGGCCUGGGUUUGCCUUCAGUGGACCUUGUUCAAGCCCAGAUGAAAUCUAAAGGGGGCUACGUGCAUGGAGGAUCCGAAGGUUCUCAGUUGUAACAAGCCCUUCACAGUCUUGUGGAAACUACUGUUGUUGAUAAGAGGAAACGUUUUCAAAAAGCAGUUCUGUCCGUAAUGGACGCAGGACCAAAAGAUGAAGCUACUGCUUUUCCAUAAUGUUGUAUAUAUUUUUAUUUUCCAUUCCUUUUUUUUAUUUUUUAUGAAAGCACUGCUAUCCAUUUGCUGCCAUACUGUUGCACUGUAAAGAGUAACUUUUAAGAAUAGAUAAGAGGGUUUAGAAAGCUCAUAAUCUCAGUCCGACGUAUGCUUGUUUGUAUGCAUGAGGAAAAUAUUUUCAAAAAUAUUUGCUGUUGUAGCCCAUUUGGAUGCCUGUAUUUAUUAUCUGAUUUGUAAACGGACCUCAUGGUGGCUGGGCCACGCUGGAGAUUUGGAACAUUCAGUUUCUUUCUUUAAUUUUCAGAGGGUUAUCAAAGGACAGGCAGAGGUGUCAUGGCAAAAAGCGUUAUGUUUGUUUUUUCAUUCUGAGAAGUACUCAUUCUCUGAGUUGCUUUCAGGGUUAAAGAUUGCUGUCUUGUAAUAAACUUGAAAUGAGUAGAGUACACUGGAUCAUACAUUGUACACUCACACUUGCUUAGGAAUUUUGCAUUGAUUUUUUUUAUUUUUAUCCUCAUUUAGAUUUGAACCAUAUAGAAUUUUAAUAAACUAUGAACUUCCUUAUCGGCCUUCUGAAGUCAUGUUCAUUACUUGUUUUACUCGUGUGUCGUUUGGCAGCUUGAUGCCGCAAAUACAGAGCUCAGUGGCUCCAACAGGAUUCAUAUUUUUCUAUUUUCUUGUGCAGUAGAGCAAGAAUUAUACUUGGAUGUAACCAAAUUUACAAUCCAAUCACAGCCACAGGUUUUAUACUGUUUGCGGUAUUUUCAGAUCUGCAACCUACCUUCUGUAUGUCCAUCAACCUCUCUUUUGGUUCCUUGUACUGCUGUUCCUUUUUUGUAUUUCACAGUAAAUGUCGUGGCAUCGAACGAUUGUCUUCCCAUGAAUUAUUUUUUCUUUUAAGCAUUUCCUGUCACUUUUUGAGAUCUUAAGUUUCAUCCUUUUUUUUUCUCUUUAAAAAAAAAAAAAAAUGAAAUAUUGACCAGCCGACACAUGCAACUAAAUGGCAUUUUACCUCAUGGGACCUGCCUUUUGGUAGCAGUGUUUGAGAUUUAGUUGCUUCAGUGUUAAAGUUCUCUUUCCUUAAUCAAGUAGAGCUCAUCUUGUAUAAAGGGUCCCUCUCGUAGGGAAAUGUGAAUGAGCGCCGCUCUUAUGGCCAGAUUACGCUGGUUGUCAGUUGAUCUAAUGAUCCGAGUGGAGUCCUUGUUCUCCCUUUUUAUUCACUGGCUUUUCCAUCCCUCUGUAUUGUCAUGCGUAGUCCAAAUUUCAUAUUCAGGCACCUUUGGGACAGCAGCUGCAGUAUAAAUCUCAAAUGCACCUGCCACUCAUCACUGCUUGCUGUUAUCUUCAAUUAAAAAGUAAAAUGUGUCGAGCAAACCAGCAGGCCUGGAUUUAUCAAUACACGUCAUUUUGUCCUCGACGUUCAUCUCAUGAUUCUCCAACAACAGAAUGUGGUGGUACCAAGUCAAGCAAAAGUCUGUGUAAGUUGAUGUUAAAUGCAUGCUGUUGUCAUACUAUUUAUGAUAAAAAAAAGAAUAUCCUCUGUGUUGGUACCAGGCAGCGCCAAUUACCAGAUGGAUACAGUCACAUUUUAAUAUCUUAAUAUUUUUUUGGCCUUAAAACUGCUGCCAACCAUUCUCCCAACCCACAUUUAAUUAUGCGAUUUGUCACGAUGAAAAUAUUGUCACAGUGCUCAUCUCUUCCUCUUUAAAUGUUUCUGUAGUAAUUCCUGUGUGAAAAAAAGAUUCAGAGAUGUGUAGACUAGCUUGUGUUUUUUUUCCCAGCUCUGUGCACAAUUCUGUAGUAUGUCAGACAUACUGGGAUGGCAGUAUAUUAUGUGACCAGCAGGCUGUGCUUGUGGACUGGUUGAAUGUGACUUUAAAAUAUGUUUCCUUUUAGGAUUCUUGUAAUUGGACUUCUUCUAUGAUGAUGCUGUAAAUAUGUAACAUGAAAGUAAUGGAUCCAUUGUUUCUAUGUAUUCAGGGUCGGAGAUAUUUUAGGCUACUUUUCUGUUUAACAUCACUGGGAAGGCAGUGUUUUUUGUUUUGUUUUCAUCAGGAACUGCCUGAUGUGUCAUUCCUGCUUUAAGGGAAGUGCAUCUCGUCUUUUUUUCUGCAUUUUUCAGAAUAAACAAUGAGAAAUAAAUGUU